AUGCUGCGUCAAGACUCGCCUUUCCUCAAUCCUGGCCCGGCGGCCAGGGCCAACCAACUCGCCAUCAUACAGCUUUCCAAGGACGACCUGGUCCCAGUCUACCUGCGAGAUACAGAGGGCGAGCACGAUGGUUACAAGGAGGGGCAUGUCCUCAACACCCGAUUCGGAUCCUUUCCUCACUCCACCCUGAUCGGCGCCCCAUGGGGCUCCCAAAUCCGAGCCUCAAACGUCGACACAGGGUCUCGAGGUCGGAAAAAGAAGAACCAGCACGCCAGGGAGACUGCCACAGAUGUCAAUGAGGAAGCAACUGUGGAUGAAGACGCCACAAGCCUUAAGAGGAAGAGGGGUCCCAACGACGAGGGUGAGAAGCGAGUCAAGGGCACACCUGGCCAACCUGCUACUACAAUCGAGGACAACACCGCUGAACAAGCCCAAGAAACAACAGUGACCGGGGAUGUCGAGGACCAAAUCGAGAGCGAGCAAAAGUAUCAGGCCGUGCAAGUAUCAGAAUCGUCGAGACCACCUCAAAAACAACGCAAAACCACGACCACGGCGGCAAGGAGCGGAUUCGUCUACAUUCUUCCGCCAACGCCUGAGAUCUGGACAAGCAGCCUACCUCACCGCACACAAGUCGUCUACACGCCCGAUUACAGCUAUGUCCUGCAGAGGAUACGAGCUCGCCCGGGCUCCAGGCUCAUCGAGGCCGGCUCCGGCAGCGGGAGCUUCACCCACGCCUCGGCGCGGGCAGUCUACGAUGGCGAGACCGGGUUCCACGACGGCACUGGCCCCACCGGCAAGGUCUUCAGCUUCGAGUUCCACGAGCAGAGGUUCGAGAAGAUGAGGAAGGAGAUCAGCGAGCAUGGCCUGAGCCGGAUAGUGGAGAUCAACCACCGCGAUGUCUACAAGGACGGAUUCCUGGUCGAUGGGAAGAGCCCAGAGGCCGACGCAGUAUUCCUGGACCUGCCUGCCCCCUGGCUUGCGCUACCACACCUGUCAAGGCGCAGGGUCAAGAACGGCUAUGAGAUGGAGGGCAUACAGGCCGGGGCUGAGGGUAACGGCGAGGACGAAGAGAAGUGGAUAUCACCCUUGAAUCCCAAGAGGAGCGCCUACAUCUGCACUUUCUCGCCGUGCAUCGAGCAGGUCACCCGUACAGUCUCAGAGAUGCGCAAGCUAGGAUGGGUGGAGAUCGACAUGGUGGAGAUCGCCCACAGGCGCAUCAAUGUAUAUCGCGAGAAGAUUGGCCUCGACGUCGUGUCUGACCGAGGCGCGCAGCAAGCGCCCGGGAACGUCGCGGAGGCGCUGGCCAAGCUAAAGGAGAUCGAGGUCAAGGCUGCCGAGCACAACGCUAAGAUGUUUGCCGGCAUCAGCAAGGCCAAGAAGACCGACGAGGACGACGACAUGGACGACUACGCUCCUCCGCCCGGGAAGAUAGCCGCCGAAGGCGGUGCCCAGCAGCCCAAGGAUGCCGAGGAGGGUAGCCCCAAGGAGCCGGCCGUCAAGCCUUUCCUGCAGGGCCGCCUGGUCACACGGCCCGAGGCGGAGACCAAGGCACACACGUCGUACCUUGUGUUUGCCGUCCUGCCGCGCGAGUGGACCGAGGAGGACGAGGCUGCCGCCGCCGCCCGGUGGCCUGUGGGCGACGAGCCGCCAAAGACCAUCGGCGCUAUGGACCGGGCGUCCCGCAAGGCGCAGCGCAGGGAGAUGAUGCAGGGCAACAAGAAGAAGAACGACAAGCUUAAGAACUCGCACGUUCAAAAACUGGACCUGACCACGGAGGAGGCCAAAACUCAGGCGCAGGAGAUUGAAGCCGAGAAGGUUGUGGAGGACGCCGAGGUCGACAAGGUCAAGGCCGAAGAGGCUUAG